UUUACUUCAAUUUUAUGCACUACUGUGUGUAGAUCUAUCAAUCAAAACCAGAAAAGCCCAUCAUACCCUGUACAUUUAAUGUUGGGAUUUAAAUUAAUUACAUAAUCUACAAUGCAUGAAAUAACUCAUGAAACAAUUUCAAUAAAAUUCUUGAGUAAUCCCUCUCUAACUGCAUGACUGCACCCCCAUCUAGUGGCGCGACCAGAACCUGCAUCCGGAGUUUCCACAGCUAUGAACCAGACCCUCUGAAAAUGAUGUACAGCCCUGAGAGACAAAAAAAAAAAAAAAAAAAAAAAAAACAGUCCUCCUCAUCGAGUCGUGAUGACGAUGUGAAGCGUUGGCUGCAGAGACAGUACAGGCUCCAAAUCAGCAGCAGCACCACGGACCAAGAAGAUCUCAUCCAGCCGUUCCACGCCGCCCACACUUCCGGAGCGGACCCGGUGACAGGCAGCUGCGGGUCGGGAUGCGUCCGUCUGAGCUGAGCGGAGGACGGCGCCAGUGAAACGGGGCGGCUGGUCGCGUUGCAUUAAAUCUCGCUUUUGCAAUCUCAGCUGAAGAGAUCGGAUCACAUCAGCAGCAGUUUUUCUCUAGACCGACACUCAGCGGGAAUACAGGCUUUUAAACCUACUGUCUGCCGUCAACUGUUGCUUAUUUUCACUGUAAAUGAAUCUUGUAAGGUUUAUGAACAACCGUGUUCCUCCUAACAAGAGAUAUCAGCCCACAGAAUAUGAGCAUGCUGCCAACUGUGCCACGCAUGCGAUGUGGAUAAUCCCCAGCCUGCUGGGCAGCUCACUGUUGCAUUACGAGUCAGAGGACCGAUGGGAGCGGCUGUCAGCCUGGGUGUACGGGGCGGGACUCAGUUCCCUCUUCAUCAUCUCCACCCUGUUUCACACUGUGACCUGGAAGAAAAGCCACCUCCGCUCUAUGGAGCAGUGUUUCCACAUGUGUGACAGGAUGGUGAUCUACUUCUUCAUUGCAGCCUCCUACGCCCCGUGGCUGAACCUUCGGGAGCUGGGUCCGUGGGCGUGUCAUAUGCGCUGGCUGGUUUGGGUCAUGGCGUCUUUUGGAACCACUUAUGUCUUCUUCUUCCAUGAGAGGUAUAAACUCAUGGAGUUGAUCUGCUACACAGUGAUGGGAGUUUUUCCUGCUUUGGUCAUCUUCUCAAUGUCCGAGCAGUCUGGGUUAUGUGAGCUGCUGGUCGGUGGAGGCUGCUACUGUCUUGGUAUAGUCUUCUUCAAAAGUGAUGGCAUCGUUCCAUUUGCUCAUGCUAUCUGGCACCUUUUCGUAGCUGUGGGGGCAGCCAUACAUUACUACGCCAUCUGGAAGUACCUCUAUGCUCAGACUCCCAGGCAGGUCCAGACCUCCAGAUGACAUCAGUGAUGGGCUCACAGGAAUGGACCCCUGUGAUUGAGCUACUCUGGGGAGCUGUGUCCAAGUUCAAGGGCUGCCUCAUAUAGGGAUCAACCUGAUGGGAAACCGCCAGUACAUUUGGGUCUCUCUGAUCAACUCGUAAAGUCAAAUAAGUUUAUAUAUUAUCAACAAGGUGCCUUCAGAAACGUAGGCAGACUUCUUCUGAUAGGUUUAUAUACUGAUUCUACCAUAUGAUCCAUAAUAUUAAACUUUUUACUUCUUA